GCGGAGCGCAAGACCCCGGUGCGGGAGGUGCUGCUGGGCGGCCUACACGCUCUGCGUGGCAGGAACUGGGGCCGGGGCCGGCGGGACUGAGAAGGGCCAUGGCCGAGCCGGCUCCGUUACCUCUGACAUUUGAAGAUGUUGCCAUUUAUUUCUCGGAGCAAGAAUGGCGUGGUCUAGAGGCAUGGCAGAAGGAGCUUUACAAGCAAGUAAUGAGAACCAAUUAUGAGAUUCUUGUUUCUCUAGAUGAUGGACUUCCCAAACCAGAACUAAUAUCCUGGAUUGAACAGGGGAGAGAGCUCUUCAGGAAUUGGGGAGAAUCACAGAGAUCAGGAAAUGUAAUUUGCCCCUCUGCUGAUGUGCAUUUUGAUCCAGUUACUGAGGAACAGCUGUUUUGGGGAAGCCAGCAAGCUGUUAGUUCAGGAGAAGCUCAUCGCCAUUCCCAAGUAGAUCCUCUUCAGAGCCAGUGUUUCUCUGAACCCUUAUUAGGAAAAAGUGAUGUUUCCUUCAGGCUUGAACAAGCUGUCAACCUCCUGAGACCACACAGACGUGAUACACAGACCCUGAUCUCAAUAGUUUACAGCUCCCCGGAAGGAGUCCCGAGUCCCAGGACCCUGGGUCUCCCAGGCUUCCAGGAAAUCUCCUCCUGGGUGGGCCUCCUGCACCUUUGCCCCGUUUGCGGGGAAAGCUUUUGGAAGAAGAACCUCUUAGAGCAACACCAGAGGAACCACUCGAGGGGCCUGCCAUACGGGGCCUGGAAGCAGUUCAGCAAACAGGCGGACACGCAGCAGCCGCAGAGCAUCCCUCGGGGACAGAAGCACUUCCGCUCUCCAGAGUGUGGGCGGGGCUUCCACUGGAAGCAGUGUUUGCUCCGCCACCUGGCGGUCCACGCAGGGGAGAGCCCACUGCAGGGUCCAGAGUGUAAAGUGUGCUUCCCGCCCGAGCGGACCCAGUUCGGCCACCCGGCCCUGUGGGAGGGGGCGAGGCCUUCCCCGUGCCCGGGCGAUGACCAGAGCACCCCGCAGAGUUCGCCCAGAGCGGAGAUGCCAGUGUCCUGGAAAGAGGGCGCCGGGGCCUCCUCCGAGAAGGCCGAGACCCCGCACCUGCGAUCGGGGAAGAAGCCGGACCCGAGACAAGCCGGCGAAGAGCGCGGCCGCCGGACGGUGGGCCCAGAGGCUCUAGAGCCCAGCCCCGGCGAGGAGACGCCGUUCUCCUGCGGCACGUGCGGCCGGCGCUUCUCCCAGCAGCGCAGGCUCGCGGACCUCGCCCAGGUGCCCGGCGCUGAGCGGCCUUUCCCGUGCGCCGAGUGCGGCCAGGCCUUCCGCCGGCGCGGGCCGCUGAUAAGGUGCCACCGGCGGCCGCACCCGGACGAGAAGCCCUUCCCGUGCCCGGAGUGCGGCCUGGGCUUCCGGCUGAGGAGCCGGCUGCGGGCCCACCGACUCCGGCACGGCGGCGAGAGGCCGUUCAGUUGUGGCGAGUGCGGCCGCGGCUUCGCUCACCCGUGCAAGCUGCGCGAGCACCUGCGAGUGCACAGCGGCGAGCGGCCCUUCCGCUGCCCCGAGUGCAGCAAGAGCUUCCGCCUGAAGGGCAUCCUCAAGGCGCACCAGCGCACGCACAGCCGCGAGCGGCCCUUCCAGUGCGGGGAGUGCGGCAAGGGCUUCACGCGGCCGUCCAAGCUGGCCGAGCACUUCCGCGUGCACAGCGGCGAGAGGCCUUUCGGCUGCCCCGACUGCGGCCGCCGCUUCCGCCUCAAGGGGCAGCUGCGGAGCCACCAGCGCCUGCAUACGGGCGAGCGGCCCUUCCCGUGCCCCGACUGCGGCAAGCGCUACCGCGUGAAGGCCGACAUGAAGGCGCACCGGCUGCUGCACGGCGGCCAGAUGCCGUUCUCCUGCGAGUGCGGCAAGGGCUUCGCCAAGCAGUCCAAACUCGUGGAGCACGUCCGGACGCACACGGGCGAGAAGCCUUUCCAGUGCCCCAAAUGCGACAAGAGUUUCCGCCUGAAGGCACAGCUGCUCAGCCACCAAGGCCUGCACACCGGGGAGAGGCCUUUCCGCUGCCCCGAGUGCGGUAAAAGCUUCCGGGAAAGGGGACACAUGCUGCGGCACCAGCGCAUCCACAGGCCCGAGAGGCCGUUCUCCUGCGCAGACUGUGGCAAGGGCUUCAUUUACAAGUCGAAACUUGCCGAACACAUCAGAGUGCAUACAAAAUCCUGUCGCACCCCCAGUGAGCCUGACGUUAAGAAAAGGCUCAGCCAACUGUUUGCAAUGAUCGAGGCUGACUGGAGUUGAGGCAGAGCACGGCGCCCAGAGCUUUCAGUGGAGUUCAUGUUGCCCGGUAAUCCACAGCCGCCGCAGCCAACAGCGAAAUCUGGUAGACGAGUUUUAGAAACGGGCCCCUUUUGGAGCAAGAACGUAGUACGGGUUAGAAAUAUGAGAAAACACAAAGGCUUCUUUCGUAUAAAACAACACCAGUUAUAUUUCCUAUCCAUUGAUAAAAAGAGGUAUUUGUUCUUCCUUAAGGAAGAACGAUUUAAGAGGAAAUUUUCCCCCUCGUGCUAAGCUAACUGAAUUCCCAGCUUGAAUUUCGGCAGCAGGAGAUCCCUCCAGUACUGUUCUCAAAACUAAAAGUGUGGGGUGACUGUUAAACGUCCAUUCUACUUUUCUUUUUUUCAUAAUAUAAUCAUAAGCUGGGGGUUUGACCUAGAGAAUUUUGUUGCAGCCCUGGUAUAAUGUUGGAUCUGGUUUUGACAUUUAUCUUGAAGUUGACAGCAAUAAAAUGAGUUCUUGAAUCAUG